UUGACAGAGAACAGAAAAAGCUGAACCUUGUUAAUUUUUAACAGAUGUGUCAGCUGACUCUCUCUUCAAUUGACUCAAUAUAAUGAGGAAGAUUCUGUCAGAACACACCAGAGGACAUUAAUGGUUUUAAAGAUGCGUAGGAUCUUUGCUAGUUGUGCCCUAACAACACUGCUGCUGGCUGCAGCCUGGGCAGAUCACCACCACAGGUUGUCGUCUCCCAAUGCUGACUUUGCCUUUGCCCUCUACAAGAGCCUGAACACCAAGGCUGAUGCUGGAAAGAACAUCUUUUACUCACCGCUGGGCAUCUCCACCGUGCUGUCCAUGGUGUCCACAGGGGCUCGUGGUGAAACCCACAGCCAGCUGUUCUCCAGCCUGGGCUACAGCUCUUUAAACCAGACUCAGGUCAAUGAAGAGUACAAGCAUCUCUUCGACAUGCAUGGACACAGCCAGGAGAAUCAGCAGCUGGAUGUUGGUAAUGCCGUGGCCGUGCGCUCUAAUUUCACUCCCCUGGACAAGUUCCUGAAAGAUGUCAGGAACUACUACAAUGGUGAAGUCUUCAAAGUUGACUUUACCAAACCAGCCGAGGCUGUAGCGGAGAUCAACAGGUUCAUCGCCAAUAAAACCCAAGACAAGAUCAAAGAUAUGGUGAAGGACCUGCACCCUGAUAUGGCCAUGAUGCUUAUCAACUAUGUGUACUUUAAAGGACAAUGGAAAAACCCCUUUGACCGUGACAAUACACACAAAACAAACUUCACUGUGGACAAGACCACCAAAGUUCAGGUGGACAUGAUGAUGAGGACGGGUACCUACAAUAUCUACUGGGAUGUUGACAACCACACCACUGUGGUCAUGCUGCCCUACAAGGGCAGCACCUCCAUGAUGAUCGUCCUCCCUGAUGAAGGCAAGAUGGCGGAGGUGGAGGGCAACAUCAACAAGGACUACAUCAGGCACUGGCAAGACUCAGUCUCAAUGGAGUAUGUAUUUCUGUUCCUGCCAAAGUUUUCCAUCUCUGUUGAUGCUCCACUGGAAAACACAUUGAAAGAAAUGGGAGUAACCAACGCUUUUGAAGAGAAUGCAGAUUUCUCUGGCAUGUCUGACGAGGUCAAGCUGAAAGUCUCAAAGGCGUCCCACAAGGCAGUGCUUAGUGUCACUGAGAUGGGAACAGAGGCAGCAGCCACUUCCAUUAUGGAAUUUACUAUGUUAAGUUUGCCACCAUCUGUCAGAAUUGACAGACCCUUCUUGGUCUUCAUUCUGGAGGCCACCAGUGGGAGCAUCCUCUUCAUGGGCAAGAUCAACAACCCCACAGCAAUGUGAACUUGCUAGGAAAAUGAGAAUCACGAGGAUCCUGCCAUAAUCAAAAUAACUGACUCUUUUAUAUGGAAUGUAUGCGUAUAUCUGUCUCUGAACUCUACAAAAGUAUCAUUAAAGAACAUUUUGUUGAUUUAAAUAGAUCUGCAACAGUUGAGCCAACAAUUAGACAGAAUUGAGCAGCUAUUUGGGUAACUGGAUCUUUUUAAAGCAAAAUUUCAAAAAUAUUUGAUGGUUUCAGCUUCUCAAAUGUGAGAAUAUGCUGUCUUGUCUUACAUUAAAGUGAAUUGAAAUUUAAUGAACAUAAUUUGCAGACAUAAUGAGCAACUGCUGGAGUUUUCUGCAUGUCAACAUUGAUCUUUUACUUUGGAGAGACAAUAAAAGAUUGCCCUGUAAAUAGAUGAAAGUAAUUUUAUUUUUUCUAAUCAUUGUGCAUUGUUAAAAGUGCACAUAUGCCUCUUUUUCCACCCAAAGCAGUUUGAGGGCCGGUUCAGAGACAGAGUCUAAUUUCAAACCAAUUCUUUGCAUUUCAACAGCCAAAUAACUGGCUCUCUGCCAGGAAAACUGGUUCUAGAGCACCACCAACUCUUUGCUGGUCUAGAACCCCAAGCCAUUUAUGUCAGGGACUGGGGUCGGAGUUAUCGUGACCAACAAGACCAACUAAAACAUGUAUCAUACAUUUUUUAUUUUAUUUGUUUAACUGUGACUAAUACGGGCUAGCAUUAUUUGGCUAGCAUUGAGGGUGUUGGGUUAGCAGGCUAGUGUUAGCUUACAACAAAGGCUAACAUCAACAUCUUACGUUCAGUGUUAUUAAGAACUUAUAAUUUAUAACAAAUGUGUUGUACAUGUUGUGUUUGGAUGCCAAUGUAGGCUACAUUUGUAAAGAGACGAUGUAGUCUGCCAUUGUUGUUGUUAUACUUGCUGAGAGAGCUGGGACAUAUUUAGACAUAUAGGCUACAGGGACAUUAUUACGUGGCUCUUGAGCCUGUGGAAAAAGAAACAGGGUCUGAGACGGUUAACAAGUUAAACCAAUUUUC